AUUGCAUUGAAUAUAUCGUAAUGUCAAAAUGGCUUUCUUAUUCCAUGUUUAUUUAGUAAAUUAUAUUGAAAUAAAUCUGUGUAGGCUGUGUUAAACCCUUGUUAUUAGUGUUAAAGUGAUCAUGUUGCAUAAUACCGGCCCUUACGGGCCAAAUGACACGCCAGCAAACAUGGGGGCACCGCUAAACAUGUCCCAAAUCGGAGGAAUGAACAUCUCGCAUAACAUAAAUAAUUUGAGCAAAAUGCCACAACAAACGCCUCAGCCGUUUGCACCGAAUUACAAUUUCCCCAAUUUCUCGCCUUACGCACACGCUCCAAUGAACAUGGCUACGCAAAUGAGUCAAUUUCCCAAUUACCAUUCGCCUUUACAGAACAGUUUUGUUGGCCAAAAUAGCAGUACACAUCAUGAGCCUAGUUGGCAAAACAGUAUGUUACCUAUGAACUUGAAUAUUCAGAACGACCAAGUGCAACAAAUGGGCCAUUAUUCUAAUUUUGAUAAAAGUCAUCCUAUUAAUGAUUACAAGGACAUGAGUCAAUAUCGUAAACCUCCACUGAAUAUACCUCAAGUUCCCACUAAGGCUUACCACAAGCAUUCCGGUCUCGGUAGUGAUUUCAAUAAUUUUAUGUACCAUGAUAGCAACAAGCAAAAUGUUGAUUUCAAUAUAGAUUUAAGUGCAAAAUCUCAGGAACGUCUCGAUUUGGAUAAUACGAGGCGUAAAAGUUUAGAGAACACUGUUAAAUUGAUUGAAAACAUUUUAAUAAACACUACCAAAAACAGAGAAAUGAAAUUAAAUGAGAAAGUAAUUGAGAAUACACAGACGCAUGAUGAAUCUGUGUCGAAUGUAAAUUUAAUAAAAACUAACACAGAUGAUACUGACGGUCAUGUAUCUGAUGAGCAGCAAGAUGAAGAAGAAGACGGUAAUAUGUCUGCCGGAGAAACAGACCAAGAGGAUGCAUCGGAGUCUGAUGUUGAUGUGAAACCAAUUAUAAUCGACAUUGAGCCUGUAUCUGAUGGAUCUGGACCAAAGAUUGAACCUGACGUAACUGUUAAAGUGGAACAACUCUCGACUUGGGUGGACUUGGAGAAUAUGCAACCGUACCAUCGUGACAUGAACGGAGUGGGCAAGGAGACUGUACCAGAGAGUAGCAUAGUUGAUAGUGAAUCAAGUUUUGUAGAAGCUAUGGAAAUGAUAAAGAAUGGUUCAAACAACGACUCAUAUUUCGAAUGCCCUCACUGUAGUCUCGUACUGAAACAUCCCAAACGAUUCCUCAUACAUGUGAAAUGGCACUCCUUUGGAUUAACCAAUGAAAAACGUAUGGAAAUGAUCCGCGAGAAGGAACAGCGCAAGCACAUGAGGAAAGAGGCUCGAGUUCUACAGAGGAUGCAUGCUAAAGAGGUGACAGACCCAAGCAGUGUGCCUAAAGUGUUUCCAUGUAAGGACUGCGAUAAGAUAUUCAGUGUUAAAAGUAGUCUGAAGAACCAUAGACAAAGGUACCACGCGACCCGUGCUAGGGAGUGCAAGAUCUGCCGCAAGACGGUGCUCGGGUGGAUGGCGCACCGCGCCCACCUGGCCACCCACACCGGCGUCACAGGGUACCAGUGCAGCGAGUGCCCCAAGAAGUUCAAGUACUCGCACUCACUGGCCAAACACAGAGACACGCAUUUGGAAAAGACACACGCUUGUCAGGAAUGUCCCAAGAAGUUCGGGUCGCAGGCGCUCCUCAAAAUGCACAUGAAGUGCCACGAGCGGGUGCAGCGGGGAGCCACCUUCAGAUGUACUUACUGCGGCAAAGGAUUCUUCGAGUCAUACAAUUUACAGGUACACGAACGCACGCAUAGAAACGAGCGGCCGUUCCAUUGCGAGAUCUGCAACACAAGUUUCGGCACCAACUCCAGUCUCAAACGGCAUAUUAAAGUUUCGCACAGCUCGUCGAAGCCACACGAAUGUCCGACGUGUCACCGGUCCUUCGUGUCAGCCCUGAUCCUGGAGCGACACGAGCGGCGCGCCCACGGUGACCCGGAGGACUUCAAGUUCGUGUGCAACCAGUGUCCCUGCAGAUACUUGAAGCACAAAGAUCUUCAGAAGCACAUUUACAAAGUCCACCCCAAGGGUAAGAGAAAGAAGAAGGACAAAAGUGACAGCGAAUAAACUCUUAACACGACGGAAUAAGGCGCAAUAUUAGAUAACACUUUUAAAACUGUUGAUAGGCAAUGUGUAAUGCAAACUGACAUCUGAUAUUCUAAGGUGAGACAAAUUUAUACACCAGAGUGAAAUAAAAUUUAGUAUUUUCAUUUAUAUAAAUUAGUUAGUUUGUAUUUCCUAUUGCAAUUUAACAGACUGUAAAGGUAUAACAGUGGUUCCCAAAGUGGUCUAUAUCGACCCCCAGGGGUCUACGACAGCAGUCACCUUAUUGUUUUUAACACUAAACUUUGCUACAGUUAGAAGUUUACAAAAAAUCAAUCCAGGUAAGAAUGGGGGCUACACAAAACCGAAAAAUAUGGCAAGGGGUCUACGACACAAAAAAGUUUAAGAACCUCUUCGCUAUAAGAUUAAAACUAAAUUAUUUUGAUUUAUUGAACAUAAUAAUUUAGUUUUAGUAAGUGUUUGUAAAAUACGAACAUUGUGUAGUGAAACAAAAUAAUUUAAGAUAUAUUUUAAAGAAUUUUUAUUCUACAUAUCUGGGAAUGGUGAAUAUAGAUUUAUGUUGUUUUACUAAUAUUAUAAAUACGAAAGUUUGUUUGUAUGGAUGGAUAGCUGGAUGUUUGUUACGUCACGCAAAAACUACUCGACAGAUUUUGAUGAACUUUACAGUAAUAUAGCUUAUACAUCAGAAUAGCACGUAGGCUAUAAUUUCAAAAGAUUUUAUGUUAAUUGGAUGAAACAAUGAUUAACGUCAAGUAAGUGUGAUCACUUGGCGGGGCUCGUAUAAAAAAUUGUUUAGGUGGGUAGGGUAACGAUUUCUCACAAAUAAAAAAAAAAUGCAUAAAAAUAAAAGUUUUUUUUUUAUUAUUAUUAAUGGGUUUGCGCUUGGUCUUACCUCAUCUGAUGGGAAAUUAUGGUUACAUCUAGGAUGUAGCGCGCUUACCCAGAAGAUAUCUAUUCACCAUAAACUUGAAGAAUCCGGAAUUGUAUUUCUACGGGAACACGAUC